UCCGUAUUCUGUCUGAGGAGUUUUUCUGCUUUAUCAGCGAAAGAGAUCGGCAGCAGGCUUCGUUUUGAUUAAAGAAAAAGUCAAGUAUCUGUAUCAUUAUCACUUGAAGCGGCAGGGAAAAAUGACCAGCAACAUUGCAGGACAAGAUUUCUCGACGCUCCCACCGGUUCAAGCUGCCCUCGGCUCCCUUCCGGAAAAUGCUACGAAGACCGCACUUAUGGCGUUGCUUGGACCCGUUACAGCACUGCAACCUGCGUCGACGGCGAUUGGCCUCCUUAAGCAGGCUGCGCUUGAAAACCCUGAACAAGGAACCAGUCCUGGCGCAACCCUGUACGGACUCUUGUCUAUCAUAAAGACAAGCUUAGCUGGAUUUGCAGUGGAAGCAGUCUUGAAGCAGAAAAUUGUAAACCAUGUCGGCGAUGUCGUGUUCGCGGAAAUUGCGCAAACAAGCGAAGCGCCGGCGGCGGUCGAAGAAGCCAAGACACAAACUAUUCUCUGAAAAUUAAGCAUCCCCAUCAAUUUGUACUUGUGCUGCAAAAUAAGAAACUCAUAUGCGCGGUAACAGAAUAGAAGGAAAAAUUACCGGGUAACUUUUACUAGUUAUUUUGUAUAGCCGCUCGAAAGCAAAUUCUAAUUGAUUCUGUGUCUUUGUCUCUGUCUGUCAUGUAAAAAAUAAAGAGGCAUGGAUGGGGGUGGUAACUUUUCAAGGAAUAAAAGUCAAACAGUUUCUAAGCGGAGACGACAGUGUAGGAGAGGCGCUAAAAAACAAUUUGGCGCAAACAAUAAUGCCAAACUGGCCGCCGGGUACUGCACCUGGAGCGGGUGGUGGCGAAACCACCGGGAGCAGCUCCGUGCAACUGGCGCAAACGAGUGCUAUUCAUUCGAGCUCCACCUCCGCUGCGGAACUACCAACAACUUCCUCGGAGCAGCAGCAAUCCUUUGCUGAAGCUGAAGGCGCUCGCUCUCCCAGUACUGCUGCUGCCAACGUCGCUGCCGAAAUCGAGUCGUCCAGUACGAUCGAGCUGAAUAGCGCCCACGAACAAGCCCCCGAUUAUCAUCAUACGCAGGAAUCGAAGCCGCAAGGUGGUCAGUACCUACGAAAGGCGGACCCGUAUGUGACGAAUUCCAAGUCCAAGUUGACGAAGUUCCACAGUGACCAUGAGAUAGCUUCUCUGUCCGGCAGAACUCCCGUGUCCGCCAGCUCUGGUGCGAAAGUAACUGUCCCAGAACUAUCGUUAGCCGGAAAAACCCCAGGAGCUGCAUCGUUUCACGAAUCUACUGCUUCAUCGGGACUGAACACCAACCAAAACUUCUUCAACUUCUCCACCCAGGACUUCUACCAGCCCUUCUUGGACCUCACCGAGUACUUGUCUAAGCAAAUCCAACAGAUCUCCGCGACCGUCGUUUUCCUGCUGCAGUAUCACGAGAACUGGAAACUGCACUGCAUGGCCUUGCUCCUCGUCAUGUUGGCGGUGUUUUCCAUUCUCGGACUUUACUGCUACAAGUGGUCGACUGUGGCGUCGUCGCGUACUGGUAACCGCGGAAAGAACGCGAAAGGUGCAGCGGAGGACCACGACAUUGAGAGCAACAUGUUCGGCGGUUUUUCGGCGAAGCAGGGGACGAAAUCGAAGGCUCCGCUCACGACCCCGAUCGACCUGGACCACGAUUGCACCGGAUUGUUCCCCGAGAAUGCGGCAACUGCGGAGGGCACGUCGUUCCAAUCCCUCCGUUCCGCGGCGAGCUCUCUGUACAAGUACGGCACCUUUGCGGGGACGAAAUUGCAGGAGCAGCUGUCCGGACGGAGCAGUACUGCUGGAACGGGAUCGGCUGACUACGAUUCCGAGGACGAAGAGGAUUUCUGA